GUGGAGCAUCGCUUUGAAUGUACUGUACACAUAGAGAGAGCGGCGGCAUCAAAUGAAAACCUCCAUCAAUGCUUUAACUACAAAUACAGCCGUCAGAAUAAGCGUCCCAACCCGCAGACUGCUUAAAUCACUGCAGACGUGCACGUAUAUUACACAGAGAGAGGGACAGAGCACAGAGAGAGAGAGGGCAAUGGGCGACAGCUGCAGGAAUGGAGAGAGCGGAAUAUUGACAGCAGCGCCGAGUGAAGGGGACCGAUGAUGAUGAUGACGAAGAGUCAAAAGUGAAGCUCUCAUACAGCCAAUCUGGAUCUCCUCGGUCACGACCAGCUCGCUGUUUAACCUCACCCUGUCCAGAGAUGAUGAAAGCCUUUUCCUCACUUCGUUCCCUCUUGUGGUGUCAUUGGGCCAUGGUUCGCAAAAAAGGAUCUCUUAUCUUGUGUGGAGCAUUUCUGUUUGUUGCCUGGAAUGCCUUGAUCCUCCUCUUCUUAUGGGGCAGGCCCCCAAUUGGCCGACUUGGUGAGGGAGGCGGAGCUGAACCAGGGGCUGGAGAGGAAUGGGGAGCUGGAAAAGCGAAAGUGGGCGGAGCUAAUGGAUUGGCUGGCGAAGUGAUCCGAUUGGCUGAAGAAGUGGAAUCAGAAUUAGAGACUCAGAAAAAGCUUCUCAAGCAGAUACAGAGUCACAGGGAACUAUGGGAACAGCAGAAGAAAUUGGGAAAUAGGGAAUCGGAGGACACAAAAGAUGAAAAGAACAUUGAGGAACCUAAGAAACCUCAACAGUUUUCUGCAAUACCUCUAAGUCAUAAAACUGUAGAAGAUACAAAAAGUAUUGGGAAAAAUACCCAGACUCUUACGGUUACACCACCUGGUCUGGUCACAAAGGAGAAACCGGACCAAAACGAGCAAAUUACAGAAAAUGAAGUAGGUCUUAAUAAGCCAAGCCCUCAAAUCAUUAUCCCAAUUCUUGUCAUUGCCUGUGACAGAGUGACAGUGAAGAGGAGUUUGGAUAAACUGAUACAGUACCGUCCUUCUGCUGAGCUUUAUCCAAUCAUUGUCAGCCAGGACUGUGGUCAUGCAGAUACGGCAAGGGUGAUUGGCUCCUAUGGCAGUCAGAUAACCCACAUUAGCCAACCAGAUCUUGCAGACAUUCCAGUGCGACCUGAUCACAGGAAGUUCCAGGGUUACUACAAGAUCGCCAGGCACUACCGUUGGGCCCUGAACCAAGUCUUCAAUGCCUUUGCUUACUCUACAGUGGUCAUUGUGGAGGAUGACUUGGAGGUGGCCCCAGACUUUUUUGAGUAUUUCCGCGCUGUCUACCCCAUCUUGCGUUCGGACCCUACUCUGUGGUGCAUCUCGGCCUGGAAUGAUAACGGACGAGAGGGGUUGGUCGACCCAGGCAAGGCUAAGCUCCUUUACCGGACAGAUUUCUUUCCCGGCCUUGGAUGGAUGCUUUUGAAGGAAGUCUGGGCAGAGUUGGAGCCUAAGUGGCCAAAAGCAUUCUGGGAUGACUGGAUGCGCCACCCGGAGCAACGAAAGGACCGUUCCUGCAUUCGUCCCGAGAUCUCAAGGACUAUGACGUUUGGUCGGAAAGGAGUCAGUUUGGGUCAAUUUUUUGACCAGUAUUUGCGUUACAUUAAACUCAAUGCUGAAUUUGUGCCUUUCACUAAAAUCGAUUUGUCCUACUUGGUCAGGGAGAAGUAUGAUGAAAACUUUGAGAAGGAAGUGUAUAGCGCCCCCUUGGUGAAGGUGGAGGAAUUACAACAUGGUGGAAGCUUGAAAGGCAACGGCCCGUUUAGAGUUCAGUAUUCCAGCAGAGACAGUUUUAAAGUGCUGGCUCGGAGCUUGGGAGUUAUGGACGACUUGAAGUCAGGGGUUCCCCGCGCUGGUUACAGGGGCGUAGUCAGCUUUAUCUACCGUGGGCGAAGAAUUUUUCUGGCACCCCCUGAGGGCUGGACUAAAUAUGACACCAGCUGGAGCUGAGAAGGAUUAGGUUUGGGUGAGGACUACAAAAGAAGAGAAAAAGAAAACACAACUGUAAUAACAAGUACAGGAGAGAAACGCCCUCUCAAACCAAAGAAAACAGAAGCAGGGUGUGAAAGAUUGUGAAGGUUAAUGCUAAGAAUAAGUGAGCAUAAAUGAACUACUGUUUUGAAUUGGAGGAACACCCAGGCAUGCUGGGAAAGGCACACAAGUGGUUCAUCAUACAUGUGCAGCAGUCCUGCAACAAUCUUCCCUCAGAGAAACAGUAUACGUAGUUACACUGCAAAAUAGGUCAUUCUUAUGUGGGGUAAAAAUUAUCAGAAUCUUUUCUUAUUUGAACAUGUUUACCUUUCUGUUGUUCUCAAGGUCAAUCCUAGAGGCAAUGAAUAGUUAUUUUAUCCUACCACAUCUGCUCUGUUUUAUUGGGUGAAUCUGACAAAAGCAAGUCCAGGUCACAUUUCAAAAUCAAAAGAAAAAAUAAGGAAUAUUUUACAUAAAGAAAAUGAAGCCUAUUCUUAGAAUUUAUGUCAGAAACAAAUUAUGCCCCGCUGUAAUGCAUCCAGAUGUUUUACAUUAUAUUUUUUUGUAAUUCUGAUUAUUCUGCAUAUCUUAUCAUAAAAAUAGUGUCAAAAAUGCGAACAAAUCUUAAUGGUCCUAAAAAUAGCUUCAUUUUCUUCAAAAGUAUUCUUUACAGGCUUUAUGAGAUUCACCCUAUUAAAGGCCAGUCUGGGUGUUUUAAAGAAGCCCAUUGUCUAAAUGUUAUUAGUCCCUGACAUUAUUUUAAAUGAGAUCAUUUAAAUCAUUAUAAAUGAAGACUAUGUGCAAAGUUCAAACUUGUUAAUUUUCCUUUUUAUGUAGCACCAUUAAAUCCAUGAAGUUUAAGCUUGUGCCAGAACUUUUUAAAGGCUUGUGUAUCGGACAUACCAAAAAAAAAACAAAAAAAAACUUAUGUGCCAUUCUGUUGAAGUACUUGAACCUGUUUUUUUUGUUUUUUUUUAAUUGUUUGCCUGGGAGAGCUCUCAUCGCAUUUUCAAGAUGUUUGCAGGUUUGUUGCAAAACCAGCAAUCAUAGAAAUUGCUUUUAUAUGUUCUUAUGGAUGAACUCAUUGAAUGGAUUUCAGUAGACCAGAGAGAGAACAUUUUAAUUAAAUUUGAGAGAGAAAUGAUCUGAUAUUAAUGCAUAUGCAGUAUGAAGAAGUGUCAAACCACUGCCUGACAUGUUUAUAACUUUAAUACAUUGAGAAUAAAACAAACUAUUUUGAUAUUUCACAAUA